AUGCGGCUGGCUAAGAUAAUUGUAAUUCUUGCUGGACGCAGCCACUACAGCCAUGUGCCUUCAAGCGGUGGAGUCAAGCGUAUCUCGGGUCUGAUCUACGAGGAGACCCGCGGUGUGUUGAAGGUGUUCCUGGAGAACGUCAUCCGUGAUGCCGUCACCUACACCGAGCACGCCAAGAGGAAGACGGUGACCGCCAUGGAUGUGGUGUACGCUCUGAAGAGGCAGGGCCGCACUCUGUACGGCUUCGGAGGUUAAAGUCAGCGAUCAUGCAGCACAACAAAGGUCCUUUUCAGGACCACACA